AUGUCGGGACAUCUCAAAUACUCACAAUCUACAAAGAGGCAAUCAAGAAAUAUGAGGAGACCACGGAAAAGACUCUGGAUGAUCCAGCUCUACUUUCUAGGAAUGGCCUCUGUAGAUGAUCUCCGGAACGCAAUUGACAAGGAAAACUCCAAAUCCCGGGAUUUCGUGGAGAAGAAGCAUCGCUUUUUGAAUGUCCUAGAGUCAGCAAUCAAGCCCGUGGAGUGCGUUGGGCCCCUCCUGGCAAGUGCAGUCUCAAUGGCCGUCUCUCUCGCCUCACUCGUUUCUGCAAAGGGGGUUCCUCGUCUUAUGAUGCUAUCCAGGAGUUGUUGGGGACACUGGAGGUAUUUAAAACUAUUGGUACCACUUCUUGAUAAUAAAGAGAAGGAGAGGAGAAACAUACAAUUCGAAUUUGUCAAAAGUGGCAUAUUUUACGAAAACUUCGAAACAACACGAACGCUGUCAGACUUUAUUACAAUUCGCCUUCGGGUAUAUACCGAAGAAUCGAUUUUGGUAGAAUUGAGAACCCAACGAAACGUCAUUCUUGCGGCGCUGAUCGCUAUCUUCGCUUUCUCGAGGAAGUCCAUUGAAAAAAGGCAGAUUUACCAAGUUUUGGAAAAAAUGACACUGCUCCAUGGCGAUGAAAAAGUCCAUGAUGCUACUGAUCGACUCCCUACUCUAUUGAAACUGAGAAUCGCCUCGUUGGCGAGGAUACAAUAA